CUUGAGGGCGCUCCAUUGCUGACGUGGAUGUACCCCAGGAAAGCGACGCUUGCAGAUUUUCGGUGAAGCAGGGAGUAUAGUAAAGAUGGAGCGAAUCAGUCCUCUGGUUACUCUCUUCUUCCUCGUCACUCUGGAUAACUCUCCGCUUGCGGCAAAUACGCCCAUCAAUAUUUUGUUUCUAAAUGAGGAGCGAAAUGUCAUAGGAGAUGAGGCAUUUAAAGUUGCCUUGGAUUACGUAAAAAAGAAUUCAAAUCUAGGAGUAGAGAUCGGUGAAAUUAUUACCGCAGUAGGGAACACAACUGAUGCUCAAGCGUUCCUGACAUCUGUGUGCAGUGUAUAUGACGCAGCUAUCAAGGCAGACAAGCGCCCGCACGUGGUGCUGGACUUUACCAUGAGUGGCGUACCGUCCGAGACAGCGAAAUCCGUAACGGCGGCCCUUGCAUUGCCCACGGUCAGCACCUCUUUUGGUCAAGAAGGAGACCUCAGACAGUGGCGAUCACUGGAAGAGGCAGAGAAGAGCUAUUUGAUACAAAUCAUGCCGCCAGCAGACAUUAUACCAGAGAUAAUUCGCAGUAUCGUUAUAUUUCAAAAUAUCACGAAUGCUGGCAUACUUUUCGACGACUCUAUAGUGAUGGACCACAAGUACAAGUCGUUGCUGCAAAACAUUCCAACCCGCCACAUGAUUGUAAAGGCGGACCUGAAAGAAGGAAAAGAGCAACUGCAACGACUUCGAGAGCGGGACAUUUUCAACUAUUUCAUUGUUGGGCGCAUUUCGACCAUCAACAAAGUCCUGGACAGUGCGGAGGAAAACGGAUUAUUCGAGCGUCAGUUUGCCUGGCAUGGGAUCACCUCGGACAGCAAAGACAUCAGUUGCAACUGUGGAAAUGCUACAGUGUUUUUCGCAAGACCGAAACCAGACGAACAGUACACUGAGCAAUACGUAACACUGAGAGACGAGUACAAUCUGAAGAAUACGCCAGAGAUUACUGCAGCCUUCUACUUCGACGUCGCACUUAAAACAUUGCUGGCAACCAAGGAAAUGAUGCAGGGUACUGACUACAGGCAGAAAUAUGUCACUUGUGAAGAUUACAAGGAAUCUGACCAUUCCACUAGCGACGCUGACUUGCUGACCGCCCUUAAACAGGUUUCUCACCCAGAAUCCUACGGCAAUUUCACGAUUAAAAGCAACGGACAGAGUCUGAUGGCCUUCCAGAUGGAAGUAAAAACAGUGAACAUCCUGAACAGUAUUCCUACGAAAUUCGUCGAUGUGGCCAGUUGGAAUGCGAGUUUGACGAAUCCUCUGGAUGUGACAGACGCCCGAAACAUGGUCAAACACUCUGCUGUCACUGUUUACCGGAUCGUAACAGUCGUGCAAAAACCAUUCGUGAUGUACGACGGAGUUGAUGGGAAGAAUAAGACGAAAUUCAAAGGAUACUGCAUUGACCUUAUAGACGAAAUAAGAAAUAUCACCAAGUUCGACUAUGAGAUCUACGAAACUCCGGACAAGCAAUUCGGGAACAUGGACGAGAAUGGAAAGUGGAACGGUAUGAUUAAGGAGCUUAUGUUGAAGAACGCGGACAUUGGACUGGGCUCUUUAUCCGUGAUGGCAGAACGAGAGAACGUGGUGGACUUCACAGUGCCGUAUUACGACCUGGUGGGCAUCACCAUCCUCAUGAAGAAACCCAAAACUGCCACUUCACUCUUCAAAUUCCUGACCGUCUUAGAAAACGACGUUUGGUUGUGCAUUCUUGCUGCAUACUUCUUCACCAGUUUCCUUAUGUGGGUAUUCGAUCGCUGGAGUCCCUACAGCUACCAGAAUAACAGAGAGAAAUACAAGGAUGAUGAGGAAAAAAGAGAAUUCAACCUCAAGGAAUGCCUCUGGUUCUGCAUGACGUCCCUCACACCUCAGGGCGGCGGAGAAGCCCCGAAGAACUUGUCUGGACGUCUGGUGGCUGCCACGUGGUGGCUGUUCGGUUUCAUCAUCAUUGCGUCUUAUACCGCCAACCUGGCAGCGUUCCUCACCGUGUCCCGUCUGGACACACCGGUGGAGUCCCUGGACGACCUCGCCAAGCAGUACAAGAUCCAAUACGCGCCCCUCAACAAUUCUGCAUCAAUGACGUACUUCCAGCGGAUGUCUGAUAUCGAGACCACGUUCUACAACAUAUGGAAGGACAUGAGUCUCAACGACAGUCUCAGUGACGUUGAGAGAGCCAAGCUGGCAGUGUGGGACUAUCCAGUGAGUGAUAAGUAUACAAAGAUAUGGCAAGCCAUGAAAGAGGCCAAGUUUCCAAGCACCCUUGAUGAAGCUGUCGACCGAGUCCUCCAAUCCAAGUCGUCAAGUGAGGGGUUUGCUUAUGUCGGCGAUGCUACAGAUAUCAGAUACCUGGUUCUGACGAGCUGCGACUUGCAGAUGGUUGGCGAAGAGUUUUCCAGAAAACCUUACGCCAUUGCUGUACAACAAGGAUCUCCGCUCAAAGAUCAGUUCAACAACGCAAUUCUGCAACUUUUGAACAAAAGAAAACUGGAAAAGUUGAAGGAAAAGUGGUGGAACCAGAAUCCUGAGAAGAAGAAGAAUUGUGAAAAGCAAGACGACCAAACAGAUGGCAUUAGUAUCCAGAAUAUCGGUGGAGUAUUCAUCGUCAUAUUCGUGGGGAUCGGCCUAGCCUGCAUUACCCUUGCUUUCGAGUAUUGGUGGUACAAGUACAAGAAGGCACCUCAGGUCGCUGAUGCGGCCAACGUGGUGGUUCAGUCGCGUCAAGUACCGACUACUGGAGGCGGCAAGAUGGAGGCAGGUAUCACGAUGCAAGGCUUCCGGCCGCGCAACCCUGCAUAUCCGGGGCACAAUUUCCGACGGAAUGUGGCGCCAAUGGCAGGUGUAACCAAUCCCUGGUAGCAAAGCCAGCAGUUUUCUCCGACAGUGACAUUUUCGUCUCGCUAAGGGGAUCUGUUCAAGUGUGACAUGCAACGUAAAAUCCAAGUCCGGCCGAUUGUGACGAUUCCAAACUGUCCCGAGAUUCAUAUAGUAAGACCUGAAACUUUCGGGACGGCUGAAGUUGAUAAAAUUCUUUAGGGCUAUAAGUCGUGCCAGGUGGUUACAAAUUCCCGACGUUUCGGUGGCAGUCUCUGUCCCCUUUAUAAGGAUCUGAUUUGACAUGCUGACACGGCUCAUAGCACGAUAGGAUUUUAACAAUAAUAUUCGUGUUGUUUUGCUUGGAGUCUCAGUAGUUUACGAUUUCUCCGGUGAGGACCUAUAAAAUUCCUUCGUUUAGCACAAUAUAUACAGAGCAAUGAAGCCCGGAUGGAGUGUAGCUCACGACUGUUCUGUUUCUAUCUUCAUGUUCUUCUUUGUUUGUUAGUAAUUUACAAUGCUUUACAGUACAAAUAGAAAUUCAGUGAAAUGAAACGGACCACUGAAUACCGUCGCAAACUUCCGAAAAUUUUAUGUGCAAAUUGAUCUUCAAGGGCCUUUAACAGAGUCACGCCUAACUUCUGGCUCUAAAAAGAAAACAAAUUGUGGUAGCGACUUUUAGAGUAUUCAUAUUUUUCCUUUCAUCAUGAUUGUGGGUAGAAAGCCAAAGGAUUCAAAAUGCUUUUAAUUAAAAUUUAUUAAACUACUUUUUAUAGAGUUAAUAACGAGAAAUGAUGAGACUAAAAUUAUGACUUCGGGUGGAACGGAAGUUAGAAACAAGAUGUGCAUUGAUUAUAGACUGCUGGAACAAAGCAAAAUUUUGUUUUGUAAUAUAAACUUUUCUGUAAAUGAAGAAAUGACUUUAAAGUGACAAUUUGAAUUUUUUUUUCAGAAUACUAUGAACUAGAAAUCAGGUUUUCCAAAUAUUAUUAAUUCCUAGGCGUAUAAUAAUACAAAUUGAUACCUGCUAGAUCAACCUUACCUUACAGUAAUAGUAGGUUCUUUUUUUACUUCUCAUAUUGUGGGAUGAGACUGAGUCCACUUGGUACAUCGGUCACUAAUUGACCUUUUGGGCCAGCCACAGAUGAUAGACGAUUAUGCAGAAUUUGAUGGAAUCAGAAUUAGCGUGGGAAACCGAAGUACUCGGAAUAUACCUGCCUCAAUGCCAUUUUGUCCACCACAAAUCCCACCUGACUGGGGGUCAAACCCGGGUCACCGCGGUGAGAAUCCGGCGACUAACCGUGUGAGCUAUGGCUUGGUAGUAGAACAGAGAUAAAGAGAAGCAUAUUGGUACAAGCAAUAACACGUGUAACGAGGACGGCUAAAGAAAUGAAGAAAUGAUGACAGAAUUAUGAAUUUCAUAAAUGAGUUAAUGAAAGAACUGGAAAGACACGUAGAAUGGAUACUAAAGACAGUCUUAGUAUAUUUGUAUACACGAUAAACAAAAGGGAACUUUGGAAUGAUGUAUGAAACUACAGAAGAAUUUUGUUUUGUAAACUCCGUAACAGGUCUCAUUAGGCCUAAUACCGGAAAGAAUGAUGACGAUGAUAAUGAUGAUCACGAACAUGUGCAUGAUGUUAAACCUUGAAGGUGUCCCCAUCAUCAAUACAUUCCCCUUCAUCACGUGAUAAUAAAGACAGAGUAAUGUAACUUCAAGUCACAGAUACCUACUUGAACUUAAAAAGGAACCGUUGGGCAUAUCAGAAUAUUUAUAAGGAUUGUGGCCAUAUGCUCAUCUAAGAAAAUGGCAGUCAGUUUCCAUAAUAUUAAAUGAUUUCCUGUUUUUAGUUUCAGACCUGUGCACCUUUACAAGGUCCAUGUGUUGUGAGAAAUAAAUGCUGAAACAUACAUAAAAAACUAUAAUUGAUCUGGUACUGAGGGCGGGUCAUAUUGGGGCCGCUCCCAUUCUUUGUGCUCUGGAGCCGAGUCUGCCAGCAUUUUUAUUUUCUUAUGGUCUUUUGUACUGAAUAUUUCAUGAGCAUUUCUCUCACGACUGUGUUUCUGUUAUUACCAAGGCAACCACAAUUUCUCAGCAAUAACGUAUCAUUCUAUUACUUGCACAUGUGAAAUGAAUCAGAGGUCCUCAUAACAGUGAUUUCCUCUCUCUGUUAUAUGUAUUACCCUUUUUAAAAAUAUAUUCACGUUCUUCGUGUUAAGUAGACACAAAAUUUAUGUUAUUGUUAUGUUUCCUUCAAAGUAGCUAGUGAUUUAGUGUCGUAGAAAAUCUUUCUUCGAAAGCAAAUAUGAUUAUAGAAAAGUGUCACAUUUAAUAUUUAAAGAUAUUGCAAAAUAUCGAAAAAUACAGCUGGCAAGGGGACCAAUUAGCUUUAUUAUAUGUGGCUUGAACAUUCGUGGUACUGACAGCACAGAAUCCUCUUAGCCGCCGAUUGGCGCGCACUGACAAAAUGAUCCACUUCUCACGUACAUUCGCACCAUGUUUUAAAGAAGAAAAAAGGUUUCCUCUUUUACAGCUACCUGAGUACCUGUACAAAUGUAUUGCUUCUCUUGUUAAUAUGACAAUUUAUAUUUUUGAAAAUUUUUAACAAGAAAUAACACUUUUCUUCCCUUCUUUAGGCUGUGCGUUUUAAGUUUUCUGGCCUGUCUGUAUUCACAAUGAAUUUCCAAAGUUCUCAGUUGCACACACAGUUGGCGGACUCUCUGGACAUGGUGGGUCAGACCAUCUCAAGUUCUGUACCGACAUGUGACACCAGAAACACGUGAACAUAAUCGAUAUCCCUAGUGGGAUUCAAACCCAUGAUCCAAGAGUUCGAACGAUAAAAAAAAGUACUCACCUUAGACUGCUAAGUCACUAUAAUCGGUAGGAAUGCGUUUUAAACUAUGGAUUUCAAGUUUAUUUGUGUAGCCUACUGUAAGCAAUGGGAAACGAGCAUUCUAAUCACCUCCAACAAAUCUAUCGCGAUUGUGACAGCUGUGGCUACCGUGCACAUUGUUAGGGCUAGCAUUAAAUUUUGCAGUAUUUUUGGGUGUUCUGUGUUCGGUCAUUAGUAGGAAAAAGGAAACUGAUAGUGCAGUCACAUUUGUGUACAGGUGUGCCAUAGCACAGUUUUAAAUAACAGCGUGAAAAUAGAAUAAUAUAGAGCAGUAAAUGUGGUAACAGUACCCCCCCCCCUCAAGUGGUUUGCCCAAAUCGGUACAUGUUCCCCCACUCAAACUGAAAUCGAUUUGCAUGCUUUUUCGUGAUGUUUACGGAGAAGGCCAAAACGCAAUUUGUUGUGGCUGGCAGAAAUGAACUCAUUUAUGGGCGCUCAAAAUGAGUUUAGAAAAGUAUUCUGCGCAUGUCAAUAAUAUAUGAGGCAAAUUGCGAGAAAUUCAGGGAAGAAGCAAUUUUCGUGAAUAGUCAAUAGGAGGACGUACAAUUUCAGAAAAAAUAUGGAAAUAAUACUUCAUUCAUAUAUUCGAAUAUCUGGUAAAUCAAGUCCCUAUACAGGUUUGCAGCUCGGAAUUCCAAAAUCGACUAUUCCUGUAUAAAGAUAUUAAAUUUUAAUAUAUAUAUAAUUCAGUUACUAAAUGGAAUUUAAAAAGAAGACAAACCCAAAAAGUAUAUAUUUUGCUGAGCUAAUAUAGUAAAAAAAUUGACUGCGGUCUAAAUUCUUCGCACAAAAUUUUGUUUGCAGAUGAGGUGUCGUUGCGCACAAACGGUUGCGUUACGAGGCACAACUUUCCGGUACAGGAUAGUGAAAACCCUCAUGUUACUCAGAAGGAUAUCCGCGAUUCUCGAAAUUUGAAAAUUGAUAUGGAUGGAUGUUUUGUCGCAGAAGAAAUCACAAACGGAAAUUUUGUUUGAUAUGUGGGAUACUUCUUUAUUUCCAAAAAAUGACUAACUCGCGAAUGUCAACAUCUUACAACUUGCUGGAGUUCCUCCACGUUUCAGUAACGAUGAACGGCCUCUCUUAAAUGCAAACUGUCAAAAAAAAUGGUCUUAAGUAAUGGGCCCAAUACGUGGCCACGGGGAAGCCUUUUAAGAGUUUCAGAAUUUUCUUCUGGGGUGGAUCAAGAAGAUUGUUUACUCCGAAAGAAUUUGAGAUCUAUUUGAAAGACCGCCGAUAAAAGUGUUAUGCUGGAUAUACUCGUGAGUAUGUGGCGUGAAGUUAAAUGUCGACUUUAUGCUUGUAGCGCAAUUCCUUGUGAACAUGUCCAAAUAUAUUUUCUACAUAUUUUAUAAAAUUUUCGUGUUUUCUGCCCGUAUUAAAUUUUGGAUAACUUGUAUUAACUAAUUUUUAAGUAAUCAAUUUAACAAAUAACAUCAUUAUCUCAUAUAAACGCUGUAUAUUAGACAAACUAAAUUUAAUAUACUUCUUCUAACAUUAUUACAAAUUAACAUAUAUUUGAAAAAAUGGGAUCUUAAGUUCGAAGCAGUUCGAAUAGGGCUACUGUUAUUCAUUAUUUGGAAAUAACGUUUACGUUAAUUAUGGUGACUCUGAAGUCUAUGGUGUUAGUAACGUAAAGUAUUAUGUUAAGCACAACUCUGCAUUAAGUACAUGCCGCCAUUUUGUUCCGUUAUGUGGGGAGAAUUUUCGUAUUCCACUGUGUGCAGUCUGAACAAACUGAAUUUGAUUAUUUAAGUUUGUUGUAUAAAAUAUAUUUAUGUCUGUGAUAGUUAACAAUGUUACCUCACCAAUGUAAUCUUGGUUAUACUAACACAUACACCAUAAAAACACUUUUAUAUAUAUAUAUAUGCAAGUGAACACCUGGAUUUAUCUGAAAUACGUCAUGCAUCAUUAGAGUUUCUAGAAGAAAGAACUGAUGUUACAUGAUAUGUGUGCUGCAUAAAGAACUAUUUUCAUAUACAUUCCAAAGAAGCCAUAUUGUAUAUUUAUUUUCAGAUGUUUCUUUCAUAUUUGACACAGACGUAACCAAUUAUCUUUUAAUAAAAUACAAGUAG